AUGUGCUGCCAAAGUAUGAAUAUGGAGGAAGAUGGGAUGAAAUCAAGGAGCUUUCGCUAUGAAGACUACAGUACCAGAAGGGUUUUUUUAAGGAGCUAUCCACUUCACUGGGGAGGCGAAGAUGAAGGAAACAAAGAAGAUAACAUAGGUGUCACCAACAGAGGCAGUGGGAUUAAACCCAUGAAGAAGAUAAUCCUAUCAUUUUGCCACUGGGGAGAAGAAAGAGCUUUGGUCUUACGAAGAUUUAAGCAUAAGGUCACAUUCUAUGUCAUUGCUUGUCUUCCAGUUGGUUUUAAACCAACGACUGCCCUGAUUUCAGCUUAA